AUGCGAAGUGACAAUUUUGGAAAAAGCCCCAGAAAUAUCCCCGGUGCCGGCAUUCAGAUUCCGCCAAACGCAGCACGCGUCGUUCAACAUUUUGGACUCGAGCAAAAGCUUCGGGACGCUGGAGCCGUUCAAGUAAAUGCAAACCACCUCAAGCGCUAUAAAGAUGGCAAGAUCCUCUGUAGCAGGGUAGGUGGGGAGAAGAUGGUCAGAGAUUUCAAUGGUCCAUGGUUUGUGAUCCAUCGGGCGGACUAUCAUGGCGUACUCCUAGAUGAAGCUGUCCGACUAGGGGGCAAACUUCGACUUAACGCGGAAGCGGUUGAUAUCAAAGUCUCCAUGGAAAAUCCACACGUGGUCCUUCAAACGGGUGAAAUUGUCGAUGCAGAUGUAAUAGUCGGGGCCGAUGGCCUCUGGUCCGCGAUCCGAGAUAUAGUUCUGGGGCAUUCCUCUCCUCCAGUGCCCACCGGGGACCUUGCAUACCGUGGAACGUUUUCUAGAGCGCAACUAGAAGCGUUUCAGGAUCCCCAGAUCGAAGAACUCAUCAACUCACGCUGCACAUACAACUGGAUGGGACCAGACCGGCACAGCGUCUUUUAUCCAGUGAAGAAUGGCUCUUCCUUCAACCUAGUUCUCAUUCGCCCUGAUAAUCUGCCUCCUGGGUCUAGAACAGAAGCUGGUGACAUUGAUGAGAUGCGCAUGACGUAUCAAGGCUGGGAUCCUGUGCUCGCCAAAAUCAUAUCAUGUCACAACAGUGUCUUGAAGUGGAAGCUGUGUCAUCAUGAAGAACUCCGCACUUGGGUCAAGGACAGUAUUGUGCUCAUUGGGGAUGCAUCCCAUCCAACCCUUCCCUAUCAAGCGCAGGGGGCUGCAAUGGCCGCAGAGGACGGCUUGGUGCUGGGGCUUCUACUAGGCCGACUACAAGCCAGCGACAGAGUCCCAGAUCAAGAGAAACGAGCGUGCAUUAACUCUGUUCUUCGACUCUUUGAGUCGCUCCGGAAGAAGCGAACAACGGUUAAUGUCAAAGGAGCCGUGGCCAACCGAUACAUGUAUCACAUGCAUGAUGGGCCGGAACAGGAAGCCCGAGACAGAGAACUGAGCGAAGUGGACUGGCAAAAGCCGUCCAGGUGGGGGUGGGCCGAUAUCAAUUACCAAAGAAAGAUGUUGGGCUUCGAUUCCGUGGCAGAUACUAAUCGAGCAUUUGAAGUGUGGCUCUCGGAACAAGGGAAAUAG